AUGGGUUCCUUGACCUUUCUCCCUUCAAUCCUCCUACUCCUCCUCUCAAUGCCUCUCCUCUUCCCGAUCGCCACCUCCGACGACAGCCCCCUCCUCCAAAAAAUAUGCGCCAACAACUCCCGUACCUACUCUGACGGGAAUGCCUAUGCGAAAAACAUCAAGUAUCUCCUCGACCUCUUCUAUAACCGCACGUCCUCCAACAACGGGUUCAUGAAAGAAUCAUGGGGCCCGCAGGGCCCCGGAGACGUCACCUCCGCAGCGUACGGGCUCGCCCUUUGCCGCGGCGACGUCUCGUCUGACGACUGCGACGACUGCCUCUACGAUGCCCGGUGCAAGAUCACCCGGCGCUGCAACAGCACCGCAGCUAUGGUGUGGUAUGACAAUUGCCAAGUCCGUUACUCAGACGAGAACUUCUUUGGGAAAGUCGACACGGACGACAAUAUUAUUAUGAUCAACGUGGAAAACAUGACCAACAACGAUGCAGAGAAAUACAGGGAGAUGACUAUAAAACUGCUGACAGACCUGUCGAACGACGCCAGUAGCAACAACAACAAAAAGAUGUUUGCCGGAGGAGAUCGUUUUUUUAACCAAAAUGUGACGGUGCACGGCAUGGCGUUCUGCACCCGAGAUCUCUCGUCAGGCGAUUGCAAAAAAUGUCUUAAACAGGUAGUGAAGGAGCUGCCAAUCUACAAACGGGAAGUGUACAGCGUGGGCGGGAGGGUGGUCGCCGCUAGUUGCACCGUGAGAUACGAGCAAUAUGUUUUCCUCAACAGCAAGGCGAAUGACUAA